GGGAUAUGGCGGGAUAUGGCGGGAUACACUCAUACAGCGCGCGGCGGGAUAGGAUACCGGGAGAGAUAGAGCGUACCGGGAGACCCACCGGGAGACACCUGGAGAUACCGCAACCGGGAGAGAUCUAGAGAGAAGAAAAGGGGAGAUACGGGGAGAUACGGGGAGAUGCGAGAAGAUGCGAGGAGAUACGGGGCGAUAGAGGGAGAUACAGCAAACGAAUCGGCCAGACCAGGGCUUUUUUACCCUAGAUGACAGCGCUGCGCCCCUGCGCCGCUGGGGGGGUCCUACCACUCCUCAGCUCCACAUGGAGCCGCAAUUUGGCCGCCAGAUCCGUGCAGAGCCGCUGCGCGGUCUCGGCGCGCGCGACACCCCUCUCCAGGCUCGGUGCGACCGCCGCCGCGUGCGUCGGCGCGCCGUACCCCUCCCCGGCCGCGCCGGCCGCCCGCGGCGGGUACGCAGAAACGACGACGCGCGGCGGUUCGGCGGCGACAGAGAUGUCGAGGCGCCAUGCCUCUGGCAGAGCUGGCUGCAUCAGCCGCGUCACCUCGGCCGACAGCUCGGAAGGCGCCGCGGGCAUCGCCGCGUGCAGCACGCCAAGCAGCCUGCCGAGCAGCUGUGUGAGGCGUGAGACGGCCGCGUCCGCCGAGUAGAGAGUGGCGCACGUGGCCGGCAGCGGCGUCGUCAGCAGGGCCAGCGCCUCGCCCAGCCAGCGCCGCCACGCCAGCAGCUGCGGCAGCACGAGCUGCUUGGCGCGCUGGGCCGGCGCCGCGAGGGAGCAGCGCAGCGGCGCCUGGUGGGGUGCUGCCUGUGUCUGCGUUGCUCCGGGUGUGGCCGACUCUCCCCGUCCUUCCGUGGCCACGCUGUCUUCACCGCGCCACUAUCUCUCUGGCGCCUCCCGGUCGAGCUCCGGCAGCGCUAGCUGGACCUGCAGCGCCUCGAUGCGCCGGCCGUUGAGGGCGGCGCUGAAGCGCAUCCCGCGGCCCUCGUCGAUGUCGCCUCCCCGGACCGCUUCCGGCUUGGCGUCCUCGUCGACCUCGAGGUCCUCGGCGCAGUCGGCGAGCAGCUUUGCGACACGCGCAAGCACAGCCUGGCACUCGGUGUCGAGGAGCCAGGCGAGCUCGAGCGAGUCGGCAUCCAUGAGCAAGUC